UGUUAGAGUUUCAGUUUCAUUUCACUCCACUCUUCCUCUCUGUGGCAGUCAGGCCCACUGCAUCCUGACAGUAUCUGUGUCUGGCCUGUCUUCACUCUUCCCCAAGGAGUCACAACAUUUCCUUGUUCUCUGAAGGUCUGUUGAGAGUUUCCGGAACAAAGAGUUUGAAAACUUCAGAGGAAAAACUGAUUUGCCUUCUCAAAUAUACAGGGAUCUGGGAGCAAGAGACUCAAGCCAGGAUAGUGAGCAGCAGGGGCAACAGCUAUGGCAUCAAACAUCUUAGUGAACAUCCAGGAGGAGGUGACCUGCCCCAUCUGCCUGGACCUCUUGAAAGAGCCCCUAUGCCUAGACUGUGGCCACAGCUUCUGCCAAGCCUGCAUCACUGCAAACAACAAGGAGUCCACGGCAACCCAGGAAGAGAAGAGCAGCUGCCCUGUGUGCAGAAUCAGUUAUGAGCCUGGGCACCUGCGGCCUAAUCUGCAUCUGGCCAACAUAGCAGAGCAGCUCAGAGGAGUCAAGAUGAGCCCGGAGGGGGAGCAGAAGAAAGAGCUCUGUGAGCGCCAUGGAGAGAAACUCCUGCUCUUCUGUAAGCAGGAUGGGCAAGUCAUUUGCUGGCUUUGUGAGCGGACUCAGGAGCACCGUGGUCACCAGACCUUCCUCAUUGAGGAGAUUGUCAAGGAGUACCAGGAGAAGCUCCAGAGUGCCCUUGAGCAGAUGAGGGAAAAGCUGCAGAAAGCUGGACAUUUGGAAGCUCAAGUCACAGAAAGGAGAAUAUCCUGGAAGAGUCAAAUACAAAGUGAGAGACAAAGUGUCCAGGCAGAGUUUGCAGAACUGAGAGGUCUUCUGGACUCAGCGGAGCAGAAGGAGCUGCAAAAACUGAAUAAGGAGGAAGAAGUCAUUCUCCAUAAACUGGCAGAGGAUGAGAGUGAGCUCGUUCAGCAGAGCCAGUUGAUAGAAGAUCUCAUCUCAGAUCUGGAGCAUCGAUUGGAAGCAUCAGACAUAGACAUGCUGCAGGGAUCUGUGAGCAAGAGACUCAAGCCAGGAUAGUGAGCAGCAGCGGGCAACAGCUAUGGCAUCAAAC